AUGAUUAGGGAUGAUGCGGACAGCAAGGACCCUGGUGCGUUGCGAAUGCGGCUUAGCCGGGAACCGCUUCAGAUACAGGCGACGGAGACGAGCAAGCUGAAGCUCGGCGAAGACCAUCCCGACGCACUGACGAGAAUGGGAAACCUGGCUUGGACAUAUAAGGAGCAAUGUCGGUGGGAGGAGGCUGAGCCGCUUCAGAUAGGGGUGAUGGAGUCGAGCAAGAGAAAACUCGGCGAGGAUCAUCCCGAUAUGCUAACGGGUAUGUCCAAUCUUGCUUUCACCUGGGAACAUUCAGGCAACGUUGUUGAAGCCAUCAAUUUACUACGGGAUUGCUGUCCCAAGCUCCAACACUCACUAGGGCUGGAUCACCCGGCCACUUUGUCUAAUUAUGAAACAUUGCAAGAAUGGGAAAUCGAGGCACUGGAUAGGAAUGUCUAG